CUCUUCCAGGUGGGAAAACCCAGGGAUCGGGAAUGAUCCCCAGGGAUCGGGAUCGUUCCCCUCCUCCUUUUCCCAGGGAGGGGUCCGCGGUCGCCGGACCGACGAUGACGGCGGAGGGGCCCCCGGGCAGGUUCGUGGGCGGCAACGGCACCGGCGGGGACGGAGCCGGGGAGGGCCUGGGCCUGGCCUCGGCGGACCCGUCGCGGACGGGACUGUACGGCUGGGACGUGGCCCUGUGCGUGUCCGGGACGGUGGUCUCGUGCGAGAACGCCCUGGUGGUGGCCGUCCUGCUGGGCACGCCGACCUUCCGCGCCCCCAUGUUCCUGCUCAUCGGCAGCCUGGCGGCGGCCGACCUCCUCGCCGGCCUGGGCCUCGUCCUCCACUUCGCCUCCAAGUACUGCCUCCCCUUCCCGCAGCUGCGGCUGGUGCUGGUGGGCCUGCUGGUCACCGCCUUCACGGCCAGCAUCAACAGCCUGCUGGCCAUCGCCGUCGACCGCUACCUGUCCCUCUACAACGCCCUGACGUACUACUCGGAGGGGACGGUGACCCGCACCCACGCCAUGCUCCUGCUGGCCUGGGGCGGGGCGCUGGGCCUGGGGCUGCUGCCCGUGCUGGGCUGGAACUGCCUGGACGACCUGGCGUCCUGCGGCGUGGUCUGCCCGCUGACCAAGGGCCACCUGGUCCUGCUCUCGGCCUCCUUCUUCGUGGUCUUCGCCCUGAUGCUCCAUCUCUACGCCCGCAUCUGCCGCAUCGUGUGCCGCCACGCCCAGCAGAUCGCCCUGCAGCGUCACUUGCUGGCGACCUCCCACUACGUCACCACCCGCAAGGGCAUCGCCACCCUGGCGGUCAUCCUGGGCACCUUCGCCACCUGCUGGGUGCCCUUCGCCGUCUACUGCCUGCUGGGCGACGCCACCUACCCGCCGCGGUACGCCUACCUGACCCUGCUCCCGGCCACCUGCAACUCCGUGGUCAACCCGGUCAUCUACGCCUUCCGCCAGCGCGAGAUCCAGAAGGUGCUGUGGGCCGUGUGCUGCUGCUGCUGCUGUUCUGCCAAGGCCCCCUUCGGCUCCCGCUCCCCCAGCGACGUCUAGGGGGCCCGUCCCCCCUCCCUGCCCGCCCUCCAGGGACUCUCCGGGGCUCUCCGAGGCCCGGCCUCUUCUUAAAGCCUCCCGCUCCGGGGAUCCAGUCGUCGGCGUGGUACAGCCGGGGAGCCUGGCCGGGUGGGCGGUGCUGGGGAGAGAGAGGGAGAGAUGCAGCUAGAGACAAAAAUUAUUUAUUUAUCUAUUUAUUUGCUGGGCACUGCCCCUUUAACACCCAAGCCGGGGAGAUUUUUCUCCUGUGGCCCUAAUUAACCUCUGUUUUUCGGGAAAACGGGGAGAAAAAAAAUCACUUAUUUAAAAAAAAAAAUCGGGGGCCCACGGCUUCUGGUUUUUUAUUUUUUUAGGCAGCCCGGAGUGGAGCGCGGGCGGCGUUGCCUAGGCCUUUUCCUUAGCGCCAGCCCCGACGCUGCUCCGUGGAGUGCGCUGGUCCCUGAACGCGUGCCCCUCCAGGCAGAAAGGGCGUGUCGUCGCGAGUGGGGGGCCUGUGUGUGGGCGCCUUUCCUCGCCCCAUCCCAGAGACGCCCCUGGGGGUGCCGGAAGCCCUAGGUCGCCAGAUAUCCAAGUGAUGAGGGGCACGGGCUGACUCGGCCCCCUUCCCGUUGCUGUUUUGGAAUGAGACUGGAAAUAAAAGAGAUUUUGUGAUAAAAA